UAUUUUGAUAAUCAAUUAUUCAUUUACAGACCUUCUUUUAAUUGUCCAAAUCCUCAGAAUUUCAGCCUCUCAAUAGUAGUCUCUGAUUUUUGUAGUCCUCCAUGAAAGCAAACUGAUUAUCAUUGUUUGUAAUCAAAAUAAGACAUUUGCAAACAUCUGCUUUUACUUUGGAGAAGAAUUGCCAAACUUGUUCUCAAUUUUCUGACGUUACGGGCCAACACAUUAACUGAAUUUCCACGUGGUAAAGGUGGAGGUAGCAAUUUGUGUUUGCAGAUGUGUUUCCUGCAUGUGCCAUAUGCACGGAUCUGCAAACUAAUUGACAAGUUUGUGAUGUGUAUUCAAUGAAGUGCUGCCUCCACAAGUGAAAAUGCUUUUAUUCUCUUUACGGCAGUCUUCUGCAAGAACCCGGUUGCCUCAUUCAGUACCAUCAUUGGCCAGGGUAGCGAAAAUUGUAAUCGCCACUGGCCCAGCAGUAUCAGGGACUGGGUGAGCUACAAAUGCUGAUUGCAGACUUUCUUCAAAAGUCUAUAUGAACCUCGCUGCCAGACGUGUGGCUCGUUUCAACACUUCUAAAACGUUUGCCAACAGCCAGCCUUCCUUCCUGCAUAGCAGGUAACGUGAGUCAGCAAGAAACGUGACUCUUGCACUCAGACUGAACUUUUCCAGCAACAUGCGCUUCCUGUGCAUUCAGGGUUGAACAGACUCGUCGAAUUUACCACUGCCCAAUGACGCUUACAGCUUGAAGUCGAUUAUUCGGCAAUCACGUGUUUUGCCAUUAACAACAUGGCCGGCUCACAAACAUUAACAGGUAUUCGGUCAGCUCAGCAAACUAGCAGAGGGGCCUCAAGCCUGAUAUAUUUUACUAAAAAUGAGAUCACUUGCAAAAUAUGCAAGUCUAUCCUCAAAUAAAACUAAUGCUAUCUGACAAAGAGUCUUUAAUCCUACCGUCAGCAAAUUCACCAAACGCCCUCCUGUAACAAUAAAAAGACAAACUAAAUUCUGCAGUGUCUGCUUAGAUUGCAAAAUGACGACAAGCUGCGGUCGAUCAAUAACCUGUUUAGUGUGAAAAUGAACAUUUAAUGUCACCAAAAAAAAAACAUCCAAAUAGCGUUUCUCUCAACCACACCCACUAUCCGCUUCUUCCUUGCAGUGGCCACACCCCCCGAUUUACUCAUCCAACCAUCGGAAAUUGCACAAAUCUAACCAGUCCAUGUAACAGAACUGCAGAAAUGCUACAUUCCUGCAAAGCAUUCCCUCCUCCUGUACUUUUUAAAAGUGUAUCCUAUUAUUUAGGGAUGUUCGAUACCACAUAAUCUGAUAUUAAUGUACCGGUCACAUUUGAACCCGGUUUGAACUGGGAGGUUUUUUUUUUAACCUGCCGCCCUCCCCUCUGUACUGGAUAAGAAGAACGAGAAAACUUAAGCAAGCCCCCGGCCCGUUCCCUCCAUUGAGGGUCAAUCAACCAGCGGGGGGCUAUCGGUGGACAUCACCCCCAACCUAAGGUUUUGGUCAGAGGUCAUGGGAGAGCUAGCCAAGACCCUCAACCAUGGUAUCUCACUCUCACCCACCAUCACCCAAAUGUGCAUUUUUCCCCAUUUUGGGUGAAGACCAUUCACAACAUAUUCUGCAUGUUCCCACUGAAUUGUCCAUUGCUGUGAGUGUCAAUGUUUAUCUCUGAACACAACUCGCUGGCAUCCAGUGUAGGGUGUCAACUGCCUCUAGUCCAAAAGUGCUAGUUUCAAUUUUGUGUGAAGUCCAUUUACAACAUACAUUGCAUUUUCUCACUUAAUUGUCGAUAGGUGUGAAGAUGAGUGUUAGUUUUUGUCUAUAUGUGCACUACGAUUGAAUGGUGUCUAAUCCAAAUUGUGCACCGCCUCUUGUCCAAAUGUGCCAUUUCCCAUUUUGAGUGAAAUAAUACACGCACGGUUUUGCAACACAUCUUGUAUUUUCCUCCACCCGUCCUCCUUGGUCUUCAGCAGCCUCCCAGUUUUUAGCACAAGCAAUACACUGGGUAGAAUAAGCACACUAUUGGCUGGAGAGCUGGCGUCUAAGGCUGAAGGAUGCCAGGCGGUGCACUUGAGGUGAUGUAAUGCACUUGAGGUUUAAAGGGGCCACACCCCUUCCUUAAAACUGGCAGCACCUUUUUAAAGCGAGCAAAGAUGCCCUCAGGAAGGACAGAGGGAGGGUGCCCACCUCUCAGCUUAUCAUAAGGGACAAGCCGAAAGGAAAAGAAGGAGGAGUGUUCACUAACAAAAGCAAUAAAGAUAACACCUUGGGAGUGUAACCAUACCAAAAAGAGUGCACUUACCACAAUGAGGAAGUGUCUUCUCGUUACCUGCCUCUGUGUCUUACUGCUGGGACUUCGUAAUUUCUGGCUGACAGGAUUCAGCUUUGACUCCAACCAGCCUAUGCAUGUGACAAUUCUGAUGUGGCACCGACCCUUCAGUGUUCCCAAUGACCUGAGCGGAGAUGCGUGUGGGGACCACCACAGCACCCUGUUCUGCACAAUCGUGGAACAGAGGUCCUUGUUUCCCACCGCGGACGUGGUGGUGUUCCACAACUACGAAUUGGUCACAGGACGGGAGAAACUUCCUCUGGAUCUUCCCAGGCCACCAGGCCAGAGGUGGGCUUGGUUGUCCCUAGAGUCCCCUGUUCACAAUGGAGACCUGAGGAGAUUUGCGGGUAUCUUCAACUUGACCAUUAACUACAGGAGAGAUGCAGAUAUUACUACACCUUAUGGAGAGCGGCUGGUGAACGAGGCUGAAGGAGAAGAUCCAGUGCAGGACAUCACACAGAAUAAAAGCUUUCUGGCGUGUUGGGUGGUCAGCAACUACAGGAGUUCGUACAGAAGAAGCCAAGUGUACAAAGAACUUAGCACCAUAGUUCCUGUGAAGGUCUACGGGCGCUGGACAAAAACUCUCCUCACCGCAGAAGCACUCUUGCCCACAAUCUCUCGCUGCUACUUCUACUUGGCCUUUGAGAACUCUGAGGCCAAAGAAUACAUCACAGAGAAGCUGUGGAAGAACGCUUACCUGUCGGGGGCAGUUCCUGUUGUCCUGGGUGCACCAGUGCAGGAUUACGAGGCCUUGGCUCCGCCUCAUUCUUUCAUCCACGUCGACCAAUUUGCAUCGGUAAAAGAGCUGGCCGAGUAUCUGCUGCAGGUGGCGGGAGACAAGAAGCGCUACAGCGAGUAUUUUCGCUGGAAGCGAAAGUGGAAAGUGAAGUGAUACAAAGUGCUGGGAAAGCCGUGGGGUGAGACAGGAGACUUGCUCAAUAACUUAAGAAGACAUCAAACCCGAGUGAGGCGGCAUUGUCCUGCGACGGUCCAUGGACUUGGCUGACACAUUGUCAUGCAAAAGACGAGAGCCAGGCGAGCCUUCAAGAGAGCACCCACCACUCUCUGGAAACUCCAAAGGAGGAGGGGGAGAUGGUUCACAUCUUUUUAAAAGCCACUUCUUCAACACACGUGUUCACGACAGUUAAAGGGAAGAAGUUACACCAGUAAUUGGAAUGCAAGUUUGAAAAAAAACUCAACUAUUUGGGUUUAUUUGUACCGUAUUUCAUCCACAUUUACACCAGUAUACGGCUUUAAGUAUAAGAUGUAAGUACAAAGGACUAUUUAAGCCACGCUGAAAAGUUAAGACAAAAGAGAUUAUAGAAUAUAAACUAGAAUAAAGUAACAGUAAUAUUUGCACUGUGUUGAGAAUAAUGUCGUAUAUUCGCAAAACCAAAGUACUGUUAAUGUGAUGAGAAUAAAGUCGUAUUUUAAUAAACUUUUUGCUCAAAUUUUCAAAUACUGAGAAUGGCUUGAGAAAAAUUGGGAAAUUUGAAUGAAAAAACUUUAAUGCUUGAUGUUGAUAAAAUCGUACUAGUUUUACAAGAAAAAAAAUGAAGAUAAUACAUAUGUAUUGAUUAAUGUUGGAAUUAAUGCUUAAAAAGGCAUAUUUUUUUCCUGGGGAAAAAUGCAUAGUGAUUAUGAGAACAGUUAUUCUUUUCCGAGAAAAAUUUGUCAGCAUUUAUGACAACAACAACAAUUUCACUUGAAAAAAAAUUACAAAGAAAUGAUACUAUCGAGAUUAACGACAUUUUUACGAGAAAAUAAAUAGAAUGCAAUUUUAAAAAUAUGUGGAAAAAACCAAGGGUGUCAAUUAUGCACAAUAAAAAAAUUACGUU